UGCUCUUCCCCGUCUGGGUCCCCCUUGGGCGGGGCAGGGCCGGCCGGGGAGGGGGCGCGGGGCCUUUGUUAGGGAGCCAGGCCCUAGCCCCCGGGACAAUAGAGACACCCUCCCGGACUCCUCUCCCCGGCCGGCCGGGGCUCUUGGCGGGCGAGGAAGGAGAGGGGCCGGGACGCGUCCCACUCUGCCCACUUUCUGGGGGUCGGUCUGUCCCGGACCGGCGCCGGCCUCCAGCGGCUCUGCUCUCCUCCCCCCAGUCGGUAUGAUGCAGCAGCAGUGCCGCAGGGACGGGGGAAGAGCCGAGGCCCGGCCUCCUACCCUUCUCAGUGCCCCUGGCUCAUUUGUCAGUCCCCACCCCACUCUAGGCCGGCAGCUCCUUAAACUCGUACCCACCAUUCAGAGGGGCCCUGGACUGUGGGUGCUGUUUCUGAAUCCUUUGCUGGGGGUUCCUGGACUUUGGGGCUCUUGGAGAGACUUCCGGCUUGUCCUGAGGGAGGGAGGGAGGGUGGUUAUCUAAAGCAAAAACAGGUAAGGGAAGUGCCCACUUCUGCCAUACUAUCCCAACGGGCUCUACCCCUCUCUUGUUCCUGGUGGCUUAGAAAUGCCCCUUAGCCCUACGGCUUCUGCGGGCUCUGCUCCCCUCGUGGAGUGACAUGCUUAUUUCAAAGGAAAGCAGAGUAGGGUGAAGGUUGUAGGGUCCUAGGGCCAUUCGUACUUCUGGUAGCAGUACCCCCCCAAGUGGACAUCCUAGCUGAAAGCAGAGGUGACUCUGAGGAGAGCCUUUAGGGAAGGGGGGUUGUAUUUAGGAGUCUGUGCAGUUCUUUGCCACACCCUGUGGGUUUGCUUUGAGGCCUUAGAGUUCCUUCUCCUCCCCCUGCUGCAUUGCACCAUGGGUAUCAAAGAGGGGUUUGAGUUUUAGGGACCUGGGGUGAGCUGCUGCCUCCUAUAGUCCCAGACUCUGAUUGGCAGUGGAGUCCAGGGCCUGAGAUUAGGCCUAGGAAGGACUAGACCACCUUUAGGUUUCAGGCCUUGAAGGACCAUCCAGACUUAGUGAGCCUGGGCCUUGAGGAGGGAGAUACCUUGAUGCCAGGAUAACUGGGCAGCGAGGUGGGCAGGGGUGAGGGCAGUAUUCAGAGGUGCCUUGGACUCACACCAACACACCCCCCCCCCAAAUGUGUACAGCCGAGUUGCCGCCCGCUGUGCUAUGAGCAGUCAGAGCGCCGUCUCCACAAGAGUUUACAAAUGAAAAUGGAGGAAAUGUCUUUGUCUGGCCUGGAUAACAGCAAACUAGAGGCCAUCGCUCAGGAGAUAUACGCAGACCUGGUCGAGGAUUCUUGUUUGGGAUUCUGCUUUGAGGUACACCGGGCUGUCAAGUGUGGCUACUUCUUCCUGGACGACACAGACCCUGAUAGCAUGAAGGAUUUUGAGAUCGUGGACCAGCCAGGGUUGGACAUCUUUGGACAGGUUUUCAACCAGUGGAAGAGCAAGGAGUGUGUUUGCCCCAAUUGCAGCCGCAGCAUUGCCGCCUCCCGCUUUGCUCCCCACCUGGAGAAGUGCCUGGGAAUGGGUCGGAACAGCAGCCGAAUUGCCAACCGCCGGAUUGCCAAUAGCAACAACAUGAACAAGUCUGAGAGUGACCAAGAAGAUAAUGAUGACAUCAAUGACAAUGACUGGUCCUAUGGCUCAGAGAAGAAAGCCAAGAAGAGAAAAUCAGACAAGCUAUGGUAUCUCCCAUUCCAGAACCCUAAUUCCCCUCGAAGAUCCAAGUCUUUAAAACACAAAAAUGGGGAACUUAGCAAUUCGGAUCCUUUUAAGUAUAACAACUCAACUGGGAUCAGCUAUGAGACCCUGGGGCCAGAGGAGUUGCGUAGCCUGCUCACCACGCAAUGUGGGGUGAUUUCUGAACACACCAAGAAGAUGUGCACAAGGUCCCUGCGCUGCCCCCAGCACACAGAUGAGCAGAGGCGAACUGUGCGGAUUUAUUUCCUCGGGCCCUCAGCCGUCCUUCCGGAGGUUGAGAGCUCCCUGGAUAAUGACAGCUUUGACAUGACUGACAGCCAGGCCCUGAUCAGCCGGCUUCAGUGGGACGGCUCUUCCGAUCUCUCACCCUCUGAUUCAGGCUCCUCCAAGACGAGUGAAAAUCAGGGAUGGGGUCUAGGUACCAACAGCUCGGAGUCACGGAAAACCAAGAAAAAGAAAUCCCACCUGAGCCUGGUAGGGACUGCCUCCGGCCUGGGCUCCAACAAGAAGAAGAAGCCAAAGCCACCGGCACCCCCGACGCCCAGCAUCUAUGACGACAUCAACUGACUUCGGUGGAAGGGAUAGCCUUUGGCUGAGCAGAGCCCUCUUUCCCAACCCCCACCCAGGUGGCAUAGCCUGGAAGAUGGACAGCUGCUGGGGGUUUGGGCUUGGGAAGUUUGGUGGGCCAGGCAGGCAGAGGAUCCAAUUAUGCACCCCUGGGGGGUGUCAGGGUCCUCUGCAAUGGAGCAAGACCCCUCAGUGUGCAGGACUCAGACCUGGACAUAUUAUGCCUUGGACAUAAGUUUGGUGGGGAGGCGGUUUUCCUAUUUAUUCUGAAUUACUGGAUGUCCAGCGAGGCCAGGGGCCUGACCUGGGCACUGUGCCAGGGCACUGCCUGCCCCCCACCCCAGGAACUGGACUAAGCCCUGCCGAGGGGCACUGUGGCUACCCCGGAAGGCUGUGGGUUGGAAGCUGAGCCUGGAGGAGGUCUCAUCUGGCUGCCCUCAGCAAUGUGAAUGGGUCCGGUGCUUGGAGCUGAGGGGCAGGGUUGGGCCUGUCCUAUCUGUGCAGAAUCCUAUCAAAUGCCCCCAGUCCCAGGGGUAGGCAGGCACAGUGUGCUGUCUGCUGAGGUAGGCGCCCAGAACUGCCGCCACCUUCCCUGCCCCUCACAGGGGCAGCCCUUUCCCCUCAGUCCCCAUGGGCCUCCUUGGCAGCAGGAGCUGUCCUUUUGUUGUUGGGUGCCAGGAAAGGGCCUCCAGCCUCUACAGCUUCAAGGAAUGGGAAAGAGGAGGGUAGCAGGAGGGAGCUGUGUAUCAAAAUAACUCCCCCUUACCUUUCCUCCCUGACCCAGGGCUGGUGAGGCGUGGGGCCCCAAGGUGAGAGGGAACGGUGCUGCUUUAUUUGAAAUGUUUUCUUACCUCAUUCCCUGCCCCAGGAAGGGGCCUUGCCUCACCCUCCUGGGGUGGCCCCAUGUUCCUCCUGCCGACCCUGCCCCACUGCCCUACGGGGGCACCCCAAGUUCCCAACUGCUGCUUGCCACCCCUUCACCUUGACCAGCUUCAGUUCCUCUCAAUGCUCCUGUCUCCAAAGCCUGCCCUGUUUCCCCUUCCUUAGCCGCUUUUAAGUUAUUUAUUCUGUACUUGUGGUUUGGGGCUCUGAGGAAAAUCCUAAUCUUGUGCCUCUCCCUCUUUGCUAGGAGUGGGGUCGGAAGAGAAGGUGGUCUGUGUGCUCUGAGUUGUCAGUAGAGGGGGAGGGGUAUUGUUACUCCUCUGUGGGACUGUCAUGCCAGUGUGCCCACCUGCUUGGUCCAUAGCCUGGAGAGGUGUACCACCCUCCACCCCCUCUGUGCAGGCACCAUCACUCCCAGGAGCAAAGCUGGAGGACUGCAGUCUGGGCUGGGAGCAGAGCUGACUGACACGGGUGGAGUCGACCCUGAGCCAAAUUCUCUGGCCCUUGUUGGACAUGUCUCCGGCCCUUCUCCCAGGAGGAGCCAUCCCACAUUUGGGUAGCUAGUACCCAGGACUGGUUGGACUGAUUUUGGUUGGGGACCCUAAAGGGUAAAGGGAACAACAGAGAUUAGGGCCCUGUCUGGAACCCCACUCUUCCCCUGGGGUUGUUCUCAUUGUGGCUGAUGCCUCGUACAAAUUGGUUUUUAACCCACAAAUUGUGAUUAUUUUUUAAAAAGCCAAACAAAUUUUGGCAGGAGUUGGAAUAAACCCUGGGGCCUGGGCUCCUCUGUUCUUGGCCCUCCAUAGCCUUCCUCCAAGGGGAAGCCAGAGGGGAAGGAGGAUCUCAGCAAACCUCCAGCCUGCUUCCAAAUGAAGUCUUGGGAGUAGGUUGAAGGUGAAGGGAGGAAGGCUGUGGGCCACUCUCCCUUCUGAGAGGCAGCUGUAGCUCAGGCCCUAAUAUACCCUUUCCCCUCUGGCCUCUCCCUUUCCCUCUUCUGGUUGGAGGAGGGAGAAGUGGGAAGUAGUUUGGGAACUGGUUUGUCCACAUAAACUUCCCCAUUGUUCCUUGGCCCACCCUCAGGGCAGAGCCCCCUGCCCAGGCUGGGUAAGAGAUGGGCUUGGUCCAGCAGGGACCCUGAGGGAACAAACCCCUUUCCUUCUGGGGAGAGUGCCCCCCUACCAUGUAGUUGAACAGGGGCUAGGAGCUCCCCACCCCCUCCCUCUUAACAGCAGGCUGUGUGGGUUUCAAUUCCCAUCCUUCCCACCCCGGCUAGGUGUCGUCCACCCCGUAUCCUAUCAUGUGUCUGAGUGUGUGUGGGGGGGUUCUGUACUAAUUUCCAUGGCCGGUGGCUUUUCCUUCCAUGCAUCACUCCCCCCCGCAUGCCCAGGGGCCACCCGCCUGGCAUUACCGCAUGCUGGGGUCAUUGGGGGAGGGGGGUGGGGCUCACGCUGUCCUGUGGUCUUGAGAUUUUUAUUUUUGCAUAUGUAAUCCAUCCUGUACAGGUAGCUAACUUUGUAAACGCUGUGUAUUCCUCUGCCCCCCAUGGCUGCUGGUGUAAAUAAACUGCAUCUCCCGUUGGUA